AUGUUACAUAGGGAAGGAAUUUCUCCUUUAAAUUUUAAAUACAAAAUGGUUUAUUCAAAAAUUAAAAAAAUAUAAUACUGUUUUCAAGAUAGUUAGAACAAUAAAGUGACAACUAAUGAACUAGAAACAAAACUUAGAGAAGAUUCAGAAAGAAUGAAAAAAAAUGAAAAAUUUAUAAUGGUCAUGAAUUAAGAUGUAAUUGAGGGUUAUGACACUAUAGAAGAUUGA